AUGUCAUGGAAUGUACACAUGCUCGGUUUGCUAAGAGAAACAGCGCCGUACUCGAGCUCGACUUCUGAAUUCAACAAUUCAUUAGCACGUGAUUGGGACAGGCUGAUUGAGAAGUGCCAAAGGGAGUGGGAGGUUAAUGUGAACGCACGUAGUCUUCAAGCCGAGGCGCUGGAUGAUCAGGAGAUGCUGGAGCAUAGGAUGCUAAUGUGGGGGGAGGAAGAGGAGGAAUUGAGGCUGCCACGGGAUGAGGUCGAGGUGUUUGAGGCUGAUGAGUUUGGGUUUGAGGUGGAAGAGCCUGAUGGAGGUGGGGACGACCCAUUUGCUGAUGAUCUUUAA